AGGAGCGCGACGCGCGGCGCGGCGGGGCGGCAUGUGGCGGCCGCUGGCCGCGCUCGCCGCCCGCGGGGCCUCCGCCGGGGCCUCCGCCGGGGCCGCCGCCGGGGCCUGCCCCGCGCCCGCGCCGCUGCCGCUGCUGCUGCUGGCGCUGCUCGGCCGCCGCCGCGCCUGCGGGAGGGCGCGGCGGGCCCGGCAGCGCGGCGGCACCGGAGAGGCGGCGGGAGGAGGAACCGGGAGCGGCGGAACCGGGAGCGGCGGAACCGGGGGAGGCCGCUGGGGGCGGCCCCGCGGGCGGACGGGGCUGAUGGCGGCGCUCGGUGCCGGAGCGUUCGUGUGGGACGGGCAGCGCAUCGAGGAGGAGGAGCUGAGGCGGUCGGCGCAGGAGCUGCAGCAGUUGGAGCAUCCCGAGGAUUUCCCGGAGCAGGAGCGGGGCUGGGAGCCGCUGCUGGAGCGGGAACGGUUCCGCCUCUGGCGCCGCCCCAUCCCCGGCUCGGGGCUCUUCCAGUACCGGGUUUUCGGCUCCUACACCGACGUCACUCCCCGGCAAUUCUUCAACGUCCAGCUGGACACGGAGUACCGGAAGCAGUGGGACUCGCUGGUGCUGAAGUUGGAGGUGCUGGAGCGCGACCCCGCCACCGGAUCCGAGGUGAUCCACUGGGUCACCCAGUUCCCGUACCCGAUGUACUCCCGCGAUUACGUUUACGUGCGGCGCUACAGCGUCGACCCCGACCGACAGCUGAUGGUGCUCGUCUCCCGGGCUGUGGAGCACCCCGGCGUCCCCGAGCAGCCGGAGCACGUCCGAGUGCGCAGCUACGAAUCCCACCUGGUGAUCCGCCCCCACCGCGGCUUCGACGAGAACGGCUUCGAUUACCUGCUGACGUACAGUGACAACCCGCAGACCGUGUUCCCUCGCUACUGCCUCAGCUGGAUGGUGUCCAGCGGGAUGCCAGAAUUCCUGGAGAAGCUGCACUCGGCGGCGCUGAAGGCGAAGAAGAUGGAGCUGGAGCUGCGCGAUUGCCUCAGCCCCGCCAAGGGCCCCGAGCCCUGCGGCACCGCCCGCCUCGAGUACGCCUGAGGCGCGGGAAAAGGCAUGGAAAACGGCGGGAAAAGUCAUGGAAAACGGCAGGAAAACCACGGGGAAACAACUGGAAAAUUGAUGGGAAAACAGCAGGAAAAUGGUGGGAAAACAGCCGGGAAACAAUGAGAAAAUGGCAGGGAAGCAACGGCAAAAAUGGCGGGAAAACAACGAGAAAAUGGCGGGAAAACAAAAAUGGCGGGAAAACAAUGAGAAAAUGGCGGGAAAACAACAGGAAAAUGGCGGGAAAGGCUGGGGAAAUGCCAGCAAUAAACUGGGAAAAAACUC